AUGCAAAUCCCGUUAGCGGAGUUGGUCAAAACGCCUUGGGAGGCCUCCGAAAUUCGCCGCCACCACCAGAGGCUCCGCCAUCGGAAAGCCGAGGCCUUCCCGUCUAUCGAUCUGACGAAGCCGCGAGGCCCACACAACGGCGUCUUUUCUCCCGCCCGUGUGUAUUGGCCAGCCCCUGCUUUUUCCCCCGUCUUCUUUUAUCCCUUUUCUCGUCAUUUUUUCAUCGUGAAAGCUUAAUUUUUUUGGUCUUUAGGGCGAGAUUUGGGGCUUUAAAGGGCGAUUUAGUGAUGAUUUUUGGAGUGGAGAUAGCCUUUUUGGAUUUUUUGUCUUUUUUGUCCCUUUUCUCGUCAUUUUUUCAUCGUGAAAGCUUAAUUUUUUUGGUCUUUAGGGCGAGAUUUGGGGCUUUAAAGGGCGAUUUAGUGAUGAUUUUUGGAGUGGAGAUAGCCUUUUUGGAUUUUUUGUCUUUUUUGUCCCUUUUCUCGUCAUUUUUUCAUCGUGAAAGCUUAAUUUUUUGGCCUUUGGGGCGAGAUUUGGGGCUUUGAAGUGCGAUUUAUUAAUGAUUUUAGGAGUUGAGAUUUCUUUUUUUGGAUUUUUUGUCUUUUUUGUCCCUUUUCUUGUCAUUUUUUUCAUCAUAAAAUGUUGAUUUUGUAGUUUUAAAACCAGAUUUAAAAGUGUUCCAAUGAUGAGAAUGGAUCAAAUUUGAAAAGAGAGAAAAAUUUGUUUGCUUCUGAAAAUUUCAUUUAAGCUCCAUUGAUGGCUGCAAGGCUAUUUUGGGCUCGAAAGUUCGCUCCAUUGAUAAUUAUGGUUCAUUUUUGUUUUCAACGGCGAUUUAUUGCUCAAAAUUAUGCUCCAUUGAUAAUAAUGGCUCAUUUACAAUUUUUGGAGUGAAUUUUUAGUUUUCAGAGGCAAUUUCAUGCCUAAAAGUAUGCUCCAUUGAUAAUAAUGCCUCAUUUUUCAUUUUCGGGGUGAAUUUUGAGUUUCCCAAGGCGAUUUCUUCCUUGAAAGUAUGCUCCAUUGAUAAUAACGGCUCAUUUUUGAUUUUUGUGGUGAAUUUCGAGUUUUCAGAGGCGAUUUCUUGCUUGAAAGUAUGCUCCAUUGAUAAUUAUAGCUCAAAAUUUUUUUGAUCAAAUUUCAGGGUUUAUUUUGCUUUAUAUUCAUAUUUUAUGAGAAAAAUAAGAAUUUUAUAAUUUUCUUCGCAAGAUCUGUAGGCGUCUAGAAGAUCUUCAGCUCAAAAGUACGAUUUUAUGAAAAUUGCCUCAAUUUUUGAAGGUCUUGAGAAAAUCUAUGUGUUAAUAAUGACGGCCAGGAAUGGAUCUUUGAAUUUUUUUGCAGCUUUUUUCCAAGGUUGAUGGAUUAAUUUGAGACUUGAGAACUUAUUGAGGCCAGUUGGAGCUUGAAAGUGUGCUCCAUUGAUAAAAAAAAAAUGAAAAAAAUGGGUUCAAAGCUUUUUCUGAAGGUUAAUUGUGCUCUAUCGAUAAAAAAAUGCUUGGAUUCAUGUUACAUUACUUUUUCUGCUCCGGCUGAAAAUGAGAGGCUUUUUUUGGGGCUUAAAUGUGCUCCAUUGAUAAAUUUUGAUUUUUCUUCGAUUUCAUGAUUUUUCAAGCGCUCAAAGGUUGCUCCACUGCUAAUUAUAGCUUUUUCUGAAGGUUAAUUCUGCUCUAUCGAUAAAAAAAAUGCUUGGAUUCAUGUUACAUUACUUUUUCUGCUCGAACUCAAAAAAGAGGCGUUUUAUUUCGGCUCAAACGUGCUCCAUUGACACAUUUAGCUUUUUCUAUCUUUUCAAGCUCUCAAAGUCUGCUCCACCGAUAAUUGUAGCUUUUUAUUUAGGAUUCUAAUUGAACACAGUUUUUCUUCAUACAGCAAGGAUUUGAAGCUCGAAAAGCUGAAUUUUUAGCCGCGGAGCAAUCAUUGCCGUCCCCAAUAAUUGCCUGGAAAUGACACGUCCUUUUGCGCGCCAAGUGCAGACCUUUCACUGCGGUGAUUGACAGACGUUUCGUCGUUGUUUUUCCCCGAGAUUUUCUUGUUCAGAUAGGGGAGACCGCGACGCGACCGCAACGCGUAGCGAUUUUAUGUAAAUUUGAUCCCGCAAUUGAUCUUUUGUUAUAGAAAGGACAGUUAGAGAUGAUAAAAUACUCAUUUUUCAUUUUUCGAGGCCGAAAAUAUCUUUCGGGAUAGAUAAUUUGGGAAAUAAGUGUUUUUAUAGAACUUCAAUGAGGUUCCGAAGUGUCUUUUCUAGGGAACUUUAGCAGAUUUUUAGAUAAUUUUGAGAUUUUGAAACGAUUUUCUUGGCCGACUAUAAGUGAUUUCGACAGAGAAUUUUUCAAAUUUUUUUCAUUUUUUUAAAAAAAUGAGCUGUAGAAGCUUAUGUAUUGCUCCAAGAAGCUCUAACGAGAAAAAUGAUUUGAAUAGAAAAAAAAAUGGUUAAAUGAAGGCGUUUUUAUCAUCGGAGCGCUUUUUGGCGUGAAAAAAGAGUUCUGCAAUUGAAAAAUUUUUUUUCAAUUUUUAGAAAUAAUCUGUAGAAGCUUAUGUAUCUCUUAGAAACGCUUCAACUUGAAUGAAAAAAAAAAGAUUUUUCGAAAAUCGUAAAAAUUGGCUAUAUAAAGGAAUUUUUAUCAAUGGAGCGCUUUUUGUCAUGAAAAAUAAGCUCUGCAACUCAUCAGAAAAUUAAUUUUCCCAUAAAAAUGUGCCGAAAAUCCGUUUUUUUACCUUUUAAUUCACUCUACCUAUAAAGCGUCCUCUCACUAAAAACAAGAAAAAGAGUAAUCCGGAAAUAGGAAUCCACUGAAUUUGCAUAUAUUUUUCCCUUUUUUCUGCCGCCGAGACCCACUCCAGAGGGCCUCGAGAUCAUUUUUCAUUCGCCCCUUGACGAGCUCCUUUUUCUCGUUUCCAGCCCGUUUCUUUUCUUUUAUAUGAUAUGCACUUGGUGUUCCCGGCUUUUUAGUUUCUUUUUUUUUGGAGAAAUAUUGGGAUUUUUGAGGAAUUUUCGUCAUAUUAACCUCCAUAUGCAGUGUGAAAAAAAGAUGGAAAAAAGGCACUUUUUUGCUACCUUUUUGCGCCUUUUCAUAAGCUUUUAUGCACCUUUUAACCAUUCCUUGAGCCUUUGAAAUCCCAGAAAUGGAAAGCUCGAUGAAGGGAGUCUUUUUGCUGCCUUUUUGCAGCCUUUCUGGGGCCUUUUUGCAGCCUUUUUGCGACCUUUUUACUGCCUUUUUGCUGCCUUUUUUGAGCCUCUUCCUUUUAGCGUCCAUUAUCCACCAAUCUGACUUUUCCCGAGUCAUAUUUCUUGGUUUUUACCCUUAUAAUUUUAUUAAAUUCGUCACUGAAGUAUAAACUUUCAUGCCAAAAAAGCCUUGUUUCUAAAAUUUAUGAGCCAAUCAAUGGUGCGAAAAAAACGUUUUCUUAUCAUGGAAGGCCUGGAAGAACCAUGAUCAAAAUUUGAGUUGGUUGGCUCAAUAAAGGGCUCAAAAAAGGCUGCAAAAAGGCUGCAAAAAGGUAACAGAAAAGCAACAAAAAAGUCCCUUUAUCGAGCCUUCCGUUUUUCUGGGAUUCUCAAGAAAUGGUGGAAAAAGAGAGAGGCAGCAAAAUUGGUGCAUAAGGGCCGAUGAAAGGGCGCAAAAAGGUAGCAAAAAGGAUUAUUUUUAUAGAGCCUUUUUCCAUUUUUCCGACUUUGCCUUUGCGAGAGAAGCCUCAUCAUGUUGAAAAUUUGUUUCUGUGUUGAAUUUGACGUUUCGAAAUGCGAAAUUAGAUGAAUGAACUGAUUUUGUCAAUGGAGCAUCCUUUCCCACCAAAAAAAACCGCGUCAGUUUUUUCAUCAAAUUCGAAGUUAACAGUAUGAUUUGUCUUGAUUUGGCUACAAUGAAUGAACAGGACAUCUUUUCGCUAUCAAGUCUCUCUGAAAUAGAAAAAUGACACAAAAAACAAGGGUUUUUAUCUCAGAUCUGCCGCGCGCGACGGAAUGUCGCGCCAGGACGGCGAGUUCGACAAGCACGGCGGCCGCAACGCGUUUCGCAACGCCGCCGAUGACGUCAAUCUCACCUCCACAGGUACUGUAUCUGCAUUGGAGCAUUUUCGCGAUUUUUUAGUUCAUUUAGGGUCCUUUUUAGAAAUUGCUCAUUUUCGAGGUUUAGAUUAAGCUAGAGACAAUUUUAGGGGCUGUAAAUGAUAUAUUUAUAAAAUUUAUGAUUUUCGAGGGGACUCCUUCAAGUUUUUUUCAAAAUCAGCUUGAUUAUCAUGUAAAAGUAAUAGCAAGCCAAAAAUAGAGAGCAUGGUAAAGUGGCUAGAAGCUCAGACUAUAAAUUUGAAGGUCAGAGGUUCGAUCCCUGAUAGCGGAACUUUUUUUUUGCCAUUUCAAAGUUCGAACUUGGAUCGUAUGGUUUGGAAAAAGCCAAUAAAAGGCUAAAGAUUAGGAAACCAGGAAAAUUUUCAAUUUUUUAAGAAAGUUGAUUUUAUUUUAUUUUUUCAGAAAGAGCGGCUUCCCUUCGAGCGAUGAGAUCGUUCACUGAGUCGAUCGAAGACGACGUCGGACCUCCAGAAUUGCCGCCUCAUCUCGACAUAGACGUCAUCGGAUGCUCGACGUCGGGCAUGAGCGCCUCCAACACCACGGACACCAUCAUUGAAGUGGCCACUGGAGCGGACCCGAUGACGUCAUCCACGUCUUCGGAUAAAAAUCGGCCGUCGAAGGUAAUUUAGAGGCGCUUUUUCAAGGAGCUGUGCGAAAAAUAUAUCCGCUUAAGUUUUAUGAAGAAGAAAGGCAUAAUAGAGUUUACUUUGGAGCGUGAAGAAAAAAUGGCCGCUUGAAAAUAGCUUGAAGAACUGAGCUUCAAUAGGAGCUCUAUUGAGAACGAUUUAAGAAAAAAUACCCGCUUAAAAGUGACCGGAAAAACUGAGCUUUAAAAGGUGCUCUAUUGAGAGCGAGUUGGGAAAAAACAGCCGUCUAAAUGUGACCGGAAAAACUGAGCUUGUGCGCUCCAUAGAGAAAUAUUUUAGCCGCCUGAAAUUAGCUUGAAGAACUGAGCUUCAAAACGUGCUCUAUUGAUAACUAGUGAGGAAAAUGUAGCUGCUUAAGAAAACCGGAAAAAAACUGAGCUUUAACAACUAGCCAAACAAAGAGCUUGUGCGCUCCAUAGCGAAUAUUUUUAGCCUUCUUAAAAAUAGCUUGAAGAACUGAGCCUUCAAAAGGUGCUUUAUUAAUAACUAGUAAGGAAAAACUAGCAGCCUAAAAGGGACUGGAGAAGCUGAGCUUCGCAGGUCGCCAAACGAAGAGCUUGUGCGCUUCAUAGAGAAAAUUUCAGCCGCCUGAAAAUAGCUCGAAGAACUGAGCCUUCAAGAGAUGCUCUAUUUGAUAACUAGUGAGGAAAAAAUAGCCGUUUAAAGUUGACUGGAGAAACUGAGCUCUGAAAUUUAGCCUAACGAAAAGCUUGUGCGCUCCAUAGAGAAUAUUUUUAGCCGCUUUGAAAUUAGCUCGAAGAACUGAGCUUCGGAAGGAGCUCUAUUGGGAAAGAGUAGGGAAAAAAUAGCCGCUAAAAAGGGGCAGGAAAAACUGAGCUUGUGCGCUCCAUAGAGAAUAUUUUUAGCCGCCUGAAAAUGGCUGAAUUUGAAGAGCUUCAAUAGGAGCUAGGAAAAAAGAGCUUCAAAAUUGAAAAACUUCAAAAAUAGCUGAAACCAAUUUCAAAUGGCUCUAACUUCCGCUUUGCAUAGAGAAGAAAUAUCGAAAACAGAUAAUUUUUAAAAAUGCGGAAGAAAAAUAUUUUUCACUUUUACAUCCUCGAUUCUUCAUCUGAAACUUCCUGGUCGCAUUUGGAAUGGCUCACCUUUAUUCGCUUCACCAAAAAGAAAUUUCGAAAAAUGUUGAAUUUUUGCAAAAACCCAUAACUCAACUUGUACACUAGAAACUGGUCGAAAAUUUGACAACUCGGCGAUUUUCCAGAAGCCCAAAGUAGACCCUCAACUGGGAGAGACUCAAAAAUACAAGAUGGCCGUCCCUGGUCCCGGACACUCGGAACAGGAGCAGGAACUCCACAAAAGCCUCAUCCGCGACAACGACGACGACAACGACGCCGAAGUCGAAGCCUUAUUCGGCAAGGGCGACAUCGCGCCGCCGACCAGCCUCCCCUUCGAAGAGCCGCCCACACAUGAACAACUCCGACGCGAGUACAGCGCCGCGGCCGUUCAGCGACGUCGACCCACGACGCCGACUUCCGGCUGCGUCCUGGACGGAAUCGCCUUCUUCGGCGGCGACGAGCUUCCCGACGUGCCCAAGGAGGAGAAGAUCAAGGUCUCGAUCCCGGCAGGUGAGGGGGUUAAAUUAAAAGUUCUUCUGAAGAUUCUAAAAGGGAUUUUGUUUUUGGAACCUCUCCGAGAAGCUUGGGUAGAUUAACCAGGGUAUAAUCUUUGGACACAGUGGGACCAGCUUUCCCAGAUUCAGUUUUCCACGCUGAUUUCAAAUCUGUCCUCAAAAGUUGUCUAAUAAGUCUGUGAAAAAAGUUAUGGACCCUCAAAAGUCCCAAAUUUUCACUGUCUCCUUGACCCUCUGGACACGAAAAACCAUAAAUUUUACUUUUGAAAAAUUUGGUACCAAGAAAAAAACCUUUCAAAGCCUAAUAUGGUGGUAAGAACAAAAUUUUUAAGCGCUGGAAGAUUUGAAAACUUUAAAAAAGCUUAGAUUAUCAACAUUUUUUAAAUCAGAAAGUGUAAAAUAUGGUCAGAAGAAGCAUAGAGAAAAUGAGGGCUGAAUAUGAAUUUUUUCAGGUUUUUGAGAAUUUUCAUGAUCCUAUGAGGUCCUAGAAGCUUCUGGAAAUGGUUUUUUUUAAGAGUUUAGGAUUUUUUCAGAGAGAUUCAGAAGCCUGGAAGUUUUGGAAAAGUUGAGAAAAUCUUGAAUUUUCAACAUUUUUUUAAUCAGAAGGUUUAAAAAUAUCGUCAGAAGAAGGAUAGAAAAAAUGAGGGCUGAAUAUGAAUUUUUUCAGGUUUUUGAAAGUUUCCAUGAGCCUAUGAGAUACAAGAAGCUUCUGAAAAAAAGGUUCAUCAUAUUAAGGAUUUUUGAAAAAAAUCAGAUUUUUUUAUUAGGGGAAUUUAGAAUCCUGGAAGUUUUGAGAAAAAGUUUUUUUAAAAAUGAUAGAGAAAUUUUUAAAAAGUUCGGAGUCUUCUGAAGGCUUUUUAAUGAGCUUCCAGAAGCUUCAGGAUAUGCAAAAAAAUUGAUAAAAUUACUAGAAAAAAAUGAAUCUGAAUUAUUUUUUUAGUAGGAGUCUGGAGUUUCUACAGCCUCCAUAUUAGAGCAAUUUUUUUCGAAAAACUAACCAAAAAAAUGGUCCCUGGUUCAAUCCCUUUCAAGUUCCUAUGAAUUUUUUUGCCAUUUUUUUCAGAUAUAUAAUUUUUUUCAUACGCAUUCGGAUCAUUGGAAUUUUGAGAUACUUUGAUAGAAAAUUUUUAAAAAAAUCCUAAAAUUUUUUUGAAGGCUCCUCAUUGAUUCACGCUUUUUAAAAAGUUUGGAAAACCGCAGAAGUUGAAAAAAAUCUAUCUAAUAUUAUUGAAAAAAAUUCAAUCUGAACUAUUUUUUUCAUAGUGUUUUUAAAAGUUUCUACAGCCUCAAAAAAAUUGAAAAAAAUCAGUUUUAACCACACCGAAAAGGUCCCUGGUUCAAUCCUUCCAAGAUUCGAUGAUUUUUUUGCCAUUUUUUUCCAAGGAUAUAACUUUUUUUAUAAGAGACUUUGAAAUACUUAGGAAUCUUAGAGUGGUCCCUGUAGGGGUAAGAGCCGAAAAGUGGUCCCUAUAGGGGUUCAGGGUCUGAAAUGUAAAACUUCUUUGAAAAUUAGCUGUAACCACGGUCCCUGGUUCAAUCCCUUUAAGAUUCGAUGAAUUUUUGCCAUUUUUCCAGGCUCCCGAACUCGCCGCCGCUCCGACAUGACCUACUCGGAUUUCUACGACCAAAUGGCCGCCCAAAUGCCAAAUCAGGUCAUUUUUAACAAGAUUUUUACCAAGAUUUUUGGAUUUCAGAUCAAAAGAGCCAGUAAUUCCGGUCGAACCACGCCGUUGAACGAUUACGAUGGCGAUAUUUUGGAGGAAAAUCCGAAUUAUAAAGAUAAAGUCGGUUUCUUGAACCUUUCAAAGUCUAAAAAUUACAAUUUUCAGGUUCCUCCAGCUCCUGUGAUCCACAGGAGAUCCAGCGUCGAGUGGGAGAACUUUGAGGACAUGCAAGGUGAGUCAGAUUGA